GCAAGGGGCGGGAUCCGCCGCCGCCUUCUUUGCUUCCGCCGCCGCUGUCGCCGCUGCCGCUGCGGCCACCUGCCGCUGCGCGUUCGGCGGGGGAGGAGUCGGAGGCGGAGAAGAAGGCGGUGGUGGCGGGUGGAGGAUCGAGCGCUGUUCUCGCUCCGGAGCCGCUGCACAGCUCGGAAUCUGCUGCUGCUUAUCGAUUGUGUGAGUAAAAAGUAAAUCACAUCCAUACUUCCACUGAACUGGGCACACGAAAACUACCAUAUAUGUCACAGUAUAUUGAAAAAGAGCCAGCAGACUCUUUCUUUGGAGGAGUUACAAUGGAUCAAGAAUCCAGCAAGGCUGGCUGGCCCAAACCAGCAGGAGGAUAUCAGACAAUCACAGGCAGGAGAUAUGGAAGAAGACAUGCAUAUGUCAGUUUUAAACCGUGUAUGACCAGGCAUGAAAGAAGUUUAGGUCGGGCUGGUGAUGACUAUGAGGUGUUGGAACUGGAUGAUGUUCUAAAGGAAAAUUCCUCAGGUUCCAGUCCAUUGGAUCAGUCUUCUCUACCCAGCGAUCCUUUAUUUGAAAAAAGUGAAACAGAAAUUCCCAUUUGUGAUACAGCAUUGAAUGAAACCAUUGAGAGCAGUCCCUCCUUUGCUGCAGUACAUCAUAGUGGGGAAGGCAGGGAGACCUUAGGAAGCAGUACGGAUCUUCAUAAUCACUCUGAGGGAGAAUAUACUCCAGGAGCUUGUAACGCUUCAAGUGUCCAAAAUGGAAUUGCACUGGUUCAUACUGACUCUUAUGAUCCAGAUGGCAGGCAUGGAGAGGAUAAUGACUGUCUUCAGCUUUCUGCAGAAGUUGUGGAAGGUGGUAGAUAUCAGGAAGCAUUGGGCAAUACAAUAUUUGAGUUGGCAAAUGGAGAGGUGGAGGCUUAUACUGGUCUUUCUCCACCAAUUCCCUCUUUUAACUGUGAAAUAAGAGAUGAGCUUGAAGAGUUAGAUUCAGCGCCUUUAGUGAAAACUCCUCUUGGUGACAUUGAGUUUGUCAAAGAGAACAAUCAGGAAUUUCAGAGGUCCUCUUCUAAAGAUGAAGUUGUUAGAAAGAAAGAGCAAAAUACUAGCCAGGAGCCACAGACAGAAAAUUCAACUGAAGAAUCAGCCUGUGCUCCAGGGCAUAUUUGCAGUGAACAAAAUACCAGGGGUAGGGACACCAACCAGGGAAGUUCUCCUGAACAGGUAGUAAGGCCCAAAGUUAGAAAACUGGUAAGUUCAAGUCAAGUGGACCAAGAAACAGGAUUUAAUAGGCAUGAGGCUAAACAAAGAAGUGUUCAGAGGUGGAGGGAAGCUUUGGAAGUCGAGGAAAAUGGCCCAGAUGACCUCUUAAUAAAAUGUGAUGACUUCGAUGGAGAACAUGACUGUAUGUUCUUGGAUCCACGUUACUCAAGAGUUUCACAGAGGGAAACAGAGAAUAACCAGAUAACAUCGGAAAGUGGAGCCACAGCAGGAAGGCAAGAAGUUGUGGAUAACACCUUUUGGAACGGCUGUGGAGAUUAUUACCAGCUGUAUGAUAAAGAUGAAGAUAGUUCAGAAUGUAGUGAUGGAGAAUGGUCUGCUUCUUUGCCUCAUCGAUUUUCUGGUACAGAAAAAGAUCAGUCCUCAAGUGAUGAAAGCUGGGAGACUCUGCCAGGAAAAGAUGAGAAUGAACCUGAACUACGGAGUGAUAGCAGUGGUCCUGAAGAAAACCAAGAAUUAUCUCUUCAGGAAGGGGAACAGACAUCCUUGGAAGAGGGAGAAAUUCCUUGGCUACAGUACAGUGAAGUCAAUGAGAGCAGCAGUGAUGAGGGAAAUGAGCCUGCCCACGAGUUUGCCCAGCCAGAAGCUUUCAUGUUGGACGGUAACAAUAACCUUGAGGAUGACUCCAGUGUGAGUGAGGACUUAGAUGUGGACUGGAGUCUGUUUGAUGGCUUUGCGGAUGGACUAGGAGUUGCUGAAGCCAUUUCUUACGUGGAUCCUCAGUUCCUCACCUACAUGGCUCUAGAAGAACGCUUAGCCCAGGCUAUGGAGACUGCCCUGGCACAUUUAGAGUCUCUUGCAGUAGAUGUUGAGGUGGCCAAUCCACCAGCUAGUAAGGAGAGCAUUGAUGGUCUUCCAGAGACCCUUGUUCUUGAAGAUCACACUGCUAUUGGUCAGGAGCUAUGCUGUCCAAUCUGUUGCAGUGAGUAUAUUAAGGAUGAUAUAGCAACAGAGUUACCCUGUCACCAUUUCUUUCACAAACCUUGUGUCUCAAUUUGGCUACAGAAGUCGGGAACAUGCCCUGUGUGCCGCCGUCAUUUCCCACCUGCAAUUAUUGAAGCCUCUGCAGCUGCUUCCUCUGAGCCUGAGCACGAGGCCCCACCUUCAAAUGACAGCACUGCAGAAGCGCCCUAAACCUUAACACUUGAAUGAGAUCAGUCUAUCAAAGUAAAUCUGCAAAUUCCUUCUGAAUCUGAUGUGCAAAUAAUUAUAUAUAAAUAUAUUAAAAUGCUAUAUAUAGUCUAUGUCAUAGUUUAGAAAGAGAAUAUUAACCUUUCUAAACUAAAUUUAGGUUUGCUGGAAGUACUAAACAUUUUCAAGCUGAAUGUUGACGCAGUACAUCCAUUUUUUUUUUUUAGUUGAAUAUGUUGAUAUUGUAAAGUCAAGCUUAUCAAUUAACUCUCUCCAGAAGAUAUAAUCAUCUAUGUGGCAUACGUUAUUGGUUUUGUCAGAAGUACUGCCACUAAGUGAUUAUGAGUAAGAUCUCCCAUUUGCAUCAGAUGUGAAGGCUGUGAUCACAAAGUAGUAAAAUUUGGUUUCAUUGGAAAUAAAAAGAAUUCGAAAGCAUGCUUUUUCAUUGGUCCCUUUGCUUUUGCUACAUCAGAACCUCUUAGUUCAUAAUACUGAGUGUUUUUUUUUUUUUUAGGAAGGUGUCUAUUCUUCCAUCUUUGUUUAAAAUUAGGACUUUUUAGAAUGUCCCAUAGCUAUAAUACUGGCUAUGGCAUCACAAAAUUUUUAAAUCAUAAAUGUAAUCCCCUGGAAAGGUAGUGAAAUAAAUUAUUAUUAUUUUAUAUUGGAUGUGUUUAAAGUAAGGUUAGUAAAGCAUAUGAACAAUCUAUUGUGCUCAGUGCUUGGUUCAAUGAGAUGAAUUAGAAGGCCUUACAGAAAUCCUUUCUACUUGGAUAACUUGAAGGUCCAGAACACUCAUGGCACAUUUGUUCAAUAAAUAUUGGGUAUAGUUAGUUUAAGGUAAUUUUGGUUCUGAAAUAUUUUGGAAAAUCUGAAAACAUGCAUACAGUGUUUUUAACACUCAUUCUUUUGUAUCCUAAAGGAAAAUCUGAAUCCUUAAAAAACUAAAAGUUUAAAUGUGUAACUUGUAUAAAGCAUAAAAUUGAUGGGGCAUAGGACAGAUUUGGCCAUAACCUUUUUAUAACAUAUCUAAACCUUACUGUGUUGUAAUUUAUUUAUUUAAAGUAUUCUUGAACAAAGAUUAUCCAUGUUACAUUAUCAGUAUUUGUUUCUUUGCACUAAUUUUAUUUUGGUAAAAUUAUUCACCUGGAACUGAAAAUAGGUAGUUUCAAAUUAAGCCAAUUUAAGCCAUGGGUGAAAAGGAAGUAGAUUAUAUGAUUGCUCAGUGACUGUGUGAACAGAACUAAACAUGUACACAGUUUCUUUCUUAUUUUCCUUUGUUUAAAAGAGAAAAGAAGAUCCUGUCCUGAGAUUUACCCUCUAAAAGAGUUCUAUUCAAAAGCUCCUACAAAAGUGAGCAAAUUAGCUUCCCGUAUUCUUUUUCAUGGGAAAUUUGACCCAUAAGGUCAUCUUUGUAAUAAUGUCACUCUAGGUUAAGAUUGCACAGCUUUCUGUUUAUGUGAUCACAACCAGCUGACAAUUAUGUACAAAUAUUGAGGUAAUACUUAACUUAUGGAUGUGAUUUGGUAUCAACACCAGGGAAUGAAGUUAGAAUACCACAUUUGAGCAAGUAAAAUAGUAAAGCACAUAGUGAGUGUACAUCCAUUCAAGUAGUACAUUGAUAAUUUAAUAUUUGGCCAUGUAAAAGGAAUAUUUAUAUGGCUUCCCAAAUGCAAAAUUACAUUAUAUUUGUGUAAUUUCUCUGAAUAUUUAUAUUCCAUCUCCUUUCUUCAUUCUUAAAUGAAUUUUCACUGUUGGCACAUUUGAGGCUUAAAUAUAAGGAACAUAACACUUGCAUUCUAAUUUUUGCAUAUAUUGUAAAUGUGUCUGGUAUUUACAGCAAAAUACUGUGUAUCCUUUUAUGGGUAAUAAAACAAAACAAAACAAAAAAAAACAACCUGAACAUUGCAUGCAUGUAAUGUGGUGAAUUUGUAACUUAGGGGUUCUUUGGGGCUUCUGUGACUUUGGAAAUGCUUACAUUCAGGCCUUAAUGUUGCAUUAGCUAGCAUGUUUUCCUUCUGAUGUAUAUAGUCAUGGUUGUAUAAACUAAUCUUUGCUUGUUUUCUACUCUGUGAUCUUUCCAUACUAUAUUUCAUUGAUGAUCAGUUAGUGUCAAGAGGUCAAAUCAGAUUAAAAUUAAUUCUCAUGUGUAUAUUGUGAAAAUGUGUGGCUAGUGUGAUUUUUGUUUUCGUUUUUGUUUUCCAGAAAUUUGUGGCUAGUGUGUUUUUUGUUGUUGUUUCUUUUAAGUAAUACUGAUCAGUUGUGACACUUCCCGGUUAAACUGACAUUGCUACAGAUUUCUCUGUAAUAAGCCACACAUUAUAUUUAGUCAGUAUUAAGGGACCUUGGUUUUUUUUUUCUCUCCUAGAUAGCAGCUGUCCCAAAGAAAAUAUUUCUUCUUUGCCUGUUAUGAUUUAGCUCUUAUCUGCCAGUUGUUAGGAGGUUUUGGUUCCAAACUCAACCAGCAGUGUUGAGAGCUGAACUUAAGAUAGCUGUUGUACUUUUUGCUUUCCAUCUGUUUCCGUCCUUCAUUCUUGGCUCCCUACUAUCUAUAAACAGCUGCUAUGAAGGAGAAAAGUUGAAUAAGAGUUGGCUUAUAAAAUUUUUUAAAAAGAAAAUUGAGGUUCUAGCUGAUGAAAGCUGAGGCUAACAAGUUCAGACACCAAAGUAUUGAUCAGAUCUUGGAUCCUUUUGAAAAAGUUAAGACUAUAUGAGGAUAAAUUAGAAAUACGUAUAAAUAUUAAUAAAAAUGUUGUUUCCCUUAUUUCUCUAUUAUAUGUUAAGUGACUUGGCCUAGUAAUUUUAUUUUUUUUAUACAUUUUCUUUCUUGUAAUAUGAAUGCUGGUAUUUAAAGGUAGUUUCAUGUGGUUUUAUUUUAUGUUUCUUAAUUGUUUAUCUCUAAGCUUACUAACUCUUUAGGUUAUUUGUGAUCUGGAUUUAUAUAUAAGCUGUUAAAUAUAUAUGAACUGUUAAAAUGGAAUGCAAGUUUUUCAAAAGCCCAGGUCUAAAUGUAAUGACUGGUUUAUUGUUCCACAACCCUAGUCCAUCAUUUUCCAUGUAAAUCAUAAACAAUAAACAGAAUAUACUCGGUGGUCAUUUCUAAUAUUUAA